UGUUGCCGUAGCUUGUAACCUCGGCAUGACCUUUUCAAGAUGGCGGCGCUCAGAGGAAGGACGAAUUGGAGCGCCUUAUGCCGAUAUAUUUGUGGGAAUAAAGAAAACUCUGUAUUAUUUUUCUUUAAAGAUGGUCAUGCCAAGAUUUCUCACCGGCAGCUGUCAUGGAUUCACUCUCAACACGGUAGAUCUAGUACGCAUUUGAUCAGAACUGACUUCAUGAAAUGUCACCAUGGCCCUCGUGUUUUGGUAUCUUCAAUGGCUGUACGCCACAGCAGCUCCCAGGUGCCAGUCGAAGGGCUGCCAAAAUCUGAUGUUCCUGUACUUGAACAACUUGUAGAGACAGCACCAACUCUUCUGGACACAGUAGCAGGCACAGAAACUAGUCUGGUAGAGCUAGGCCUGGGAGCGUAUACUCCUGUGGGGCUUAUCCAGAACCUCUUAGAAUUUCUUCAUGUAGGUGUUGGGCUACCCUGGUGGGGGGCCAUUGUGUUUGGUACUGUUACAGCCAGAUGCUUGAUCUUUCCACUCAUUGUGAAGGGCCAGCGAGAGGCUAUAAAACUGAAUAACCAUCUUCCUGAAAUGACAAAAAUAGGUGACCGGAUGAAUGAGGCUAAGCGAAGUGGUAACAAAUUUGAAUUCUCCAAAGCAUACUCUGAUAUGAUGAUGUACCAGAAGAAGCAUAAUGUUAAUCCACUUCGAGGGUUCUUAGUUCCCUUAGUGCAAGCACCUGUCUUUAUCUCAUUUUUUGUUGCACUUCGGAAGAUGGCUUAUUUGCCAGUUCCCAGCAUGCAGACUGGUGGAACAUUGUGGUUUACUGAUCUCACUAUGGCUGACCCCUAUUAUAUUCUCCCCAUGGCAGUGACUGGCACGAUGUUCGCCAUUAUAGAGCUGGGAGCAGAGACUGGUGUUGACAACCCCAACUUAAAGGCAAUGAAGACAGUCUUUAGAAUCAUGCCAAUUGCCAUUCUACCUUUUACCAUUUCCUUCCCCACAGCCAUUUUCACUUACUGGAUGACUUCCAACGUCUUCUCCCUAGCGCAAGUUAUGCUUCUAAAGUCGCCUGCAGUGCGGAAGAAGUUAAGAAUACCAGAAAGAAUCAAACAUGAUGCAUCUGCUCUUCCAGUACAGGAAGGCUUCUUCAAGAGCUUAAAGACAGGUUGGAAAAAUGCACAGCUUGCUCACCAGCUGGAGGAGAGGGAGCAGAAAAUUAAAAAUCAUUUACAGUUGGCGGCUAAAGGACCACUGAGGCAGACGUUUACCCAGAACCCACUUCAGCAACAUGUGCCCCAAGCUGGACCUACAGGAAAUGCUACAGUUGUGCAAAACAAAACAAAGAAGAGGCCCUGGGAAGAUACAAUAGGCUGAGCAACAGAGUUUUAUGUCUUCAUUACGGACUCCACAUUUUAUGUAUUCACUUCCAAAUCGGAAAUCUCACCAUUGAAGCAUUCGAUGUAGAUCCAUCCUGAACAGCUCGAUUAGGCUACUCCACACCUCUUUUUGGUUUUGUUUUCUCAUCUACAUGUUGGAAACUGGUUUUGGAAAACUGCAAAAUGUCCAAUCUUGGCUUAAUAUGAGGUGAUAGACAGACACCCCUGUUGAAGCUGUCAUACAACAUGCUCUGUGUCAAUAAGUGAGCAGUAAAAAUAUCAGAAUAGAUACAA